AAUUUUUAUUCGAAAAUGAUUUAACAGGAAGCAAUGUGUUAAAUUCAAGAUGGCCACGAAGGAGUCAGUUGCGGUGCUAGCGAUAAUGUUUUUUGUACUUUUUGUACAAAUCAUGGCAGGGCGAGAUUUUUACAAAAUUCUUGGUGUUUCCAAAAAAGCAACAACAAAUGAGAUUAAAAAAGCCUACAGAAAGCUUGCUAAAGAAAUGCAUCCAGACAAGAACCGAGAUGAUCCUGAGGCCGAGGAGAGAUUUCAGGACCUAGGAGCAGCGUAUGAAGCUUUAUCAGAUGCUGAUAAAAGGAAGGUGUAUGACAAACAUGGAGAAGAGGGCCUUGGAAAAAGUAAUAUGGAUGGUGGGGAUGUGUUCAGCAGUUUCUUUGGAGGAGAUUUCAGCUUUUUUGGAGGUGGAAUGCAUCAAGAAGAUAAUGAAGGGCCUAAAGGCGGUGACGUGAUUAUGGAUUUAGAAGUUACUUUAGAAGAAUUAUAUUCUGGUAAUUUUAUAGAGGUUUUACGUUAUAAAUCUGUAUCAAAACCAGCAAAAGGUACAAGAAAAUGUAAUUGUCGAACUGAAAUGGUGACCACACAGUUAGGACCAGGACGUUUCCAGAUGCAGCAACAGCAAGUUUGUGAUGACUGUCCUAAUGUCAAGUUUGUGCCAGAAGAGAAGACGUUAGAAGUUGAAAUAGAACCAGGCAUGAGGGAUGGUCAAGAAUAUCCUUUUGUUGCUGAAGGUGAGCCACAUAUAGAUGGUGAUCCAGGAGAUCUCAGAUUUAAAAUCAAGCAGCAAAAACAUGCAAGAUUUGAACGUAGAGGUGAUGAUUUAUACACAAAUGUUACAAUCUCAUUAGUAGACGCAAUGAUAGGUUUUGAAAUGGAUAUUCCACAUUUAGAUGGUCAUAUAGUACAUAUUGUUCGUGAUAAAAUUACGUGGCCAGGUGCUAAGAUGAGAAAACCACAUGAAGGAAUGCCUAAUUAUGAAAAUAACAACGUGAAAGGGAAUUUAUUUAUUACAUUCGAUUUAGAAUUUCCAAAAGGAGUUUUAACAGAUGAACAAAAAGAAGCUCUUCGAAAGCUUUUAAACCAAGAUUCAAAACAACGAAUAUACAAUGGGUUGCAAGGAUACUGAUUUUUAGGGAAUUUAGUUUACAUUUACAUCUUUAGUUUACAUUGUCAUCCUUAGGUCAGAUAAUUAUCUUUUUGUUCAUUUGAUUAAAUUCUGUGUUUAACUUCAGGCUAGAGCAGUUUUGUCAAGAAAAUUUUAAAUGUAUAAUUGCUCCUUAUUAAUUUUAAAUCUUCAGAGCUUGAUGUGAUUAGCAAGAGGAAAUUAAACCUGCUUCUAAUAGCCGUUUUUAAAGGGGUCUUACUCAGGUAUUUUAUAUUUUUUGAAUACUUUUCAUGUUUCAUUACAUAAGCAAAUAGAUGAAUGUAUUGAGACAGUGUAUGCAAAAAAAGUACAUACAUGCUGUAAAGUAUUUUUGCAUCCUAAUAUGUUUUAUCUACGCAUAUCCUGAUGCUAAACAUAGAUUUUAUUUAGAAACUUGCAUUAGAAGUGUGUAAAAUAUUGAUGAAUAUGUGGGAAAAAUUGGAGUUUAUAUUUGAGCCGUGCCAUCCGCGCAGUCUGGUCAGGAUCCAUGCUGUUCGCUUUCAAAGCCUAUAGCAAUUAAAGAAACUGUUAGCGAACAGCAUGGAUCCUGACCAGACUGUGCGGAUGCGCAGGCUGGUCUGGAUCCAUGCUGGUCGCAAAGCCACUAUGUUGGUUUUCCCAUGGCCCUGCUCAUUUGAAAGUACUAUGAACUGUUUUGUUUGUAGUUAAAGUGUAGUGUAAAAUGGGAUAUAUUUUUGUGAAACUGAAUUUAUUGUUAUAGUGUUAAAUAUAUACAUUUUAUCAGACUAGAUGUUGACAACUGAUUUAUGCCCUCCUCAAAAUGUGUGGAACCAAAGAGUACUUAUUGGUUUCAGCCUGUAUGUAUGUCUGUAAAUAAACCAGGUUAACAUUUGUAACCACAGUGCAGAAUAUUGAUAAUUGCUUCUUUAUCACAAUGCAGUAAUCCAGUGUCUGCACUGCAGUGACAGUAUGUCAUUCUGGCAGUACCAGCAUGUAAAUAACCUGGGUCCAAUUUCGACAUUGAAAUGCCUUAUUUUCAUUUUAUUUGGAAACUUUGCAAAAAAUAUAAAUGAGGUUGAUAUUUCAAAACUUGUUGCACAUGUGAAGGAAAUUUCUGUACAUAAUAUAAGGAUCUGCAUAAAGUUAUCUAGUAAAUUGAAAUGUCAUUCUACAUGUACAUUGUACAGUUAAAAUGGGAAGUUUUAACCUUCAAAAGUAGGAUUUACAAGUGUUUUAGAAUGUACCCAUUUUACGGUGCUUAGAUUUUGAAUUGUGAAAUCCCAGGCAUUGAAAUAUGUAGUAAAAAUCCAAAGUAUUAAGUUUAAACCUUUCUUAUUAGAUCUAGUUACUUUCCAGAGGUCAACAAUGCUUCAUUUGAAUUGAUUCACUGUAAGUGGCAUUAAUCAAUUAAAUUUUGUAUUUAAGAUGUAAAGGGAUAUGUAGGACUUAGGAAGGUAAAAUAACUUGCAAAUAAAAAUGUCACAUAAUGCACAGAAAUCUUAUUUACAGUUAGUACAUCAUUUCUGAACUUCCACAACAUUUUUAUGUAUAGGAAACAAUAACAGAAAUUGAACUUUAAUCUUCUAAGUUCAUUUAAAAGGAGCACUUUAUCAAAAAAGUGUAAUAUUUUUUGACAGAGGGCUCCAUUUAAACAAUUUUUAAAACGAAAGUCUGAUUAUUGGUGUGCAAGUAACUGGAAAUGAUGCAAUUUUAAUUAAAAUUUUCCUGUUUGUAUUAGAUUAGAAAUCAAUAUGGUUUGGGCAAGUUAUUUUACAUGUUGCCAUUGACUUUAAAAUUUCUGAAAAUUGUGAGCCAUUUUCUUAGAUAAAUCCUACAUAACAUUUUAAGAUGAAAAAUGUUGAAUUGCUGGAUGUAUCGUGUUUAGUGUUCUUGUUGUAAUCUUUUAUGUUAAGACCCUGAUGUUAAACAAUACAGCUUCAAGUGUGUCAUUAACCACACUUAUUUUACUUUAAUCAACAUUCCAGUAACAGCUUAUGAAAAUAUGAUUUACAUUGAAUUUCACUGAUUUUAAUUUGCAACCAUUUAAGGAUUUUCUGUAAACUAGGUUAAUACCGAGCCAUUUCAUCUCGACUUACCAAUAGCUAGUUUCAUAACUUGAUGUAUUGGGUGUUAAUAGUUCAAAUUACAGUUAUGUUGAGUAAAGGAUUGAUGCUAAGAAGUGACAACUUCAGCAAUAGAAACAGAAUGGUGGGGGGAGCAUAGGGACUGGCCGCUGUUUCUUAAUGUUGAAGAAUUACGUCUUAGUCAAUAUCCAACUUGAUGUUUAUCUGAUUUUUUCUUUGCAGUUCUUAAUAACUCUCUAUCUGAUGAAGGGGCUAAUAUACUUCUCUAUAGGAAUAAAUAUUGAAACAUUUUGAAAAUGUUUGAUCUGUGAUUGGUUGAAAAAGUAGUGUAAACACUAAAACCAUAAAUAUUGAAAUGGAUUUUACAUGUAUUUGAAUACUCAAAAAUUAUAUACCGGUACAUGUAUAUGUAUAGCCUUUAACAUGAAUGGACUAGUACAAUACAUACUUGCUGUUUUUCAUUUAGAUCCAGAUUUUGACUUAUUUAUGGACUAGAUGCUAUUCCCUUUUUCAUAUUGUAUGGUAUUUAUGUGACUUUAUUUAAAGCUUGGAAGUAAUAUAACUUCAUAAACAUAAGUCAUUGCUAUGUCCUUUUUCAGAUUGUUUGGUAUUUAUUUAGUAAUUGAUUAGGUGGGGAUCAAUUUUGAAGAUUGUAAUAUUAUAUUAAUAUUGCAAUUUAUUUUGAAGGUGAAUUCCAUCCAAACAGUAUUGGGUCAUUGAUGCAUAAGUACUUUUUUCUGAAAGAAAUAUUGAUGUUUUGUUUUUGCCUAUCUGUAGAAUUGCUAAGUGCAAUACAUUGAAUAAAAUCAAAUAUCUUAACCUCUUCAGGCCUGUGAUUUUUUCAAGACUGGAGUUGAUUUCUUGAUUUUGCCAUCCAGUGAUUUUUUCAAGACUGGAGUUGAUUUCUUGACUUUGCCAUCCAGUGAGAAUUUCUAUGUAUAACUGUAUUGAAAAAGAACAUUUCAAGCCUUAGAAAGUUAGUUUUCUGGCUUGUCAUUUUAAUCUUAAAACCAGGCCUGAUAUUUCAGUGUUGAAUUAACUUGAAAAUUGAACAUAUUCCUUAUUGUAUUUUGUGUUUUGCCAUUGUCACUCUGCUUUGUCUGUGUCUACAAAAUAUUGUUUGUAAAGUAAGUCAGGAGAUGGUUGUUUUUUACAAUAUAUAUAUGAGCCGUGCCAUGGGAAAACCAACAUAGUGGCUUUGCGACCAGCAUGGAUCCAGACCAGCCUGCGCAUCCGCGCAGUCUGGUCAGGAUCCAUGCUGUUCGCUAACAGUUUCUCCAAUUCCAAUAGGCUUUAAAAGCGAACAGCAUGGAGCCUGACCAGACUGCGCGGAUGCGCAGGCUGGUCUGGAUCCAUGCUGGUCGCAAACCCACUAUGUUGGUUUUCCCAUGGCACGGCUCAUAUAUAUAUGUGCAGAAAUUGUAAACACUGAGUCAGUUCAAAGGAUACCUGAUGUUGUUGUUUUUUGUAUAAUUUUUACUUACAUUUUCCUUCAGAAUAAAAUGAACUUACACAUUUGCUUGAGGAAAUGGGAAUGAUUGCAAUGACAAUUUAAAAAAUCAAAUGCUGUUAAUUAUGUUUUCCUGUGGUCAGUGGUUCAGAUAAUAGAAAAGUGGAUGGAUAUACAUAAUUAUAGCGGUAUAUUUCUGCCACAAGAUAGCUAUGUAGCUAUUGCGAUACUUAAAAAAUAUAUUGCUAAAAGCAAAGUUUUCUGAAAAGGUUAGCUCAAUAGUCUAAAGAUUACUGGAAAUAUCAUUUCGAUAAUUUACAUUAUUGUCACCAUACUUUUUAUGUGAAUGCCCACAGCUAGCAUUUAUUUCUUACCAGUAGGUAGCAAUCUCGAUACUUUAAAAAUAAUCUUGAUAUUUCAAGCUUUUUUCAGAAGUUUAUCUCAGAUGCUUAAAAUUUCCUGGAAAUUCAAUUUAUUGCCAUAGUAUUUUUAGAAAAAUGCUCAACAUUGCUGGAAAGUUAAGAAUAUUAUCGUGAUAUUUGCAUAGCUAUAUGAGCCGUGCCAUGAGAAAACCAACAUAGUGGGUAUGCGACCAGCAUGGAUCCAGACCAGCCUGCGCAUCCGCGCAGUCUGGUCAGGCUCCAUGCUGUUUGCUUUUAAAGCCUAUUGGAAUUGGAGAAACUAUUAGCGAACAGCAUGGAUCCUGACCAGACUGCGCAGAUGCGCAGGCUGGUCUGGAUCCAUGCUGGUCGCAUACCCACUAUGUUGGUUUUCCCAUGGCACGGCUCAUAUCAUGACAGUUUGAAGCAUUUAAUUUGAAAGCUUUUAUGGAAAUACAAAAUGUUAUGUAUUGCUGUAAUGUUUUCAAAUAAAUGUACACAUUUCCCAUCAAGCUUAGAAUAUUGUUGCAAUAGUUAUCUAGCUAUCUAAUGGCAGAAAAUGCCACUAUGUAUACUUGUACACAUUGCGAGUGCAUUUAGGAUUCCAUUUAUAUUGUCAUGUGCACUGUAAUCAAAACAAUACUGUAUUUUUCAAGAACUGCAGCUUCUUUGUCAUCUGUUCAUCCUUUUACUUUGUUGGUUGUCUUGGGUAUAAGAUCUGGUUUAUGUAUAGAAAUUAUGAGGUGUGAUUCAUAAGUUUUGUCAUCCAUAUUUUUUUUCAUUUCUUUCAUAGAUAUUCAUGUAUUCUCUUAAUGAACUUGGGCUAUUUUUAUGUGUUACUAGGCAAGCAAAGUCACAACAGGUUAUACCUACUUAAAUUUCUUUUUAAGAUGUACCUUAUUUACAGUAGAGGCAUAUUUACCUAAAAGUAAAAAAAAAAAGUGCCAGAUUCAUACACAAGAAAAAAAAUGGUUUUACACUUGUCCCAGUAUGUACCUCUAGUUACCUCCCCUGACAGCCUGUCCAAAGUGAUACGAGACUGCAGUGAAGUGAAAGUCAUUAUUACAACUCAAGUUGGAAUAGGUUUCAUGCUGAUCAGUUGAAAUUGCUGAAACACACCUUUAACCCAUAUGACAUAUAGGGUAGAGAUAUAACUGAUAAAUACAUAUUCACAGUUGUUUCAUUCACUAUGGUUAUUCCAUACAAAUAUGGCUGUCGAAUUUUGAAACAGCCUUGAGUUCUAAAAUAGAAGAUACAAGUGUUUGAUUAUCAAGAGCACAAAAAAUCCAGUACCAUCCAAUUAAGGAAUAAAAUAUAUGCCAGAAAUAUCCACCUUUGAAAAUUUAAUUGUUUACUGUUAAUUAUUGAUAACCAAGCUUGAAAGUUUAGAAUUUUAGGUCUCUUAGAUGUUGAAAUGCCCUUUACUUACUACAUUGUCUUAAUUAAUGUGCAGUCCCACCAGACAAUCUGCCUGAAUGUAUGAUACAUAAAAAUUGACUCUAAUGUUUUUAUAUAUAUAUUUAAUUGAAUAAUUAGAUAUUAUUUUGCUGUCUUCAUUUAAGUACAGUGACAUGUAAAAACAGCCCAAUUUAUGUAUUUGGACAACCUAUGUUAUUGCUUGUGAUAAAACAUUCUCAAAUCUAUUGUUAAUGACUAUGUGUGAAAUAAAUUUUAAAUUAUG